AUGAUUUGUUCGGAGUUGAAAAUCUCAAGAUCUGGCGCAAAUGUUAAUGCCGCAGUUCUGUUUGCUACCCAUCUUAAUACACCUUCUUCUAGUGUAUUAAUGGUAUGGUCACGAAAUCAACAACAGCUUUUCAUCGUUAUCGGCAAAUGCAAUGGUGACUUACUAUUCUUUACAACCAGAAAGCAAUAUACACAGCUAGAAAAUAUCUUUAAAAGUUCUUUGACAACAAUUUGUUUUGGAAAACUAAGACAAAGCAGCGAUGAAAUAGUUGCCAUAUCAGCAGGUGGUCAGAUACGUUCUUUCGAUUUUCCACAAACAGAUGCGCAGAGCGGAGAUUUACAGAAGCCUUUACCACUUUUUGAACAACUGAUUCAAGCUAAUAUAUGCACAUCAUAUAUUGGUGACAUUGAUGGUGAUGGUUUAUCAGAGUUGCUGGUUUUGAUGACUGAUCGAUGCGUAAGAACUUAUCGAUAUGUUGCGAAUCAUCUGGCAUCAUUGAAUAAAUAUGAAGUACCAUCGCAUGUUUAUGGUUUCGCACUUGGUAUCACGAAUUCUGGUUUAUAUUAUGCACUUCUGGCAGAACGGAGUGAAAAUUAUGUGGUGAAAAUUGAUUUUAGUUCAAAUAUUUGUAAUAUUUUGCCACAAACGUUAGCUUCGAAUGCUUCGAAUCGAGAGUUGAUGGUACCCAAUCAGCCGGUAUAUCUGAGUUUAGUUGGAUCACUUGCUGCUCGACUGCUUGUGAUUAAUCCAGAAAAUGACACCGAGAUAGCAUUAGAAAAUCCAGCAGGCGAUUUUAUUUGUGCAACUACUGUUAAUCUGCAGAAUAUGCAUGUUGUGAUGACACUGGAUAUUUUCGGUAACUUACUCAUCUAUGGAUGGAAUGACCAUAACACUUGUCAUGCAUAUCUUAUAGCAAAAGCGACAGUUUUGCCGGAUGCAGAUCGUAUAACUGCUGUAGCAGGCCGGAAUGAAAAUGAAGUUCUUUUUUGUAUAUCUACAGUUUACUUCAAAAUUGCUGUUUAUCGAAUUGAUUUAUCAUCUGUACUUAGUUGA